ACUGAACCAUGGGCUUCCGGCACAACAACGUCCUCCACGCCAACCACUUCCGCAAGGAUUGGCAACGCCGGGUUAAGACUUGGUUCGACCAGCCCGGCCGUAAGCUCCGCCGUCGCAACGCUCGCAAAGCGAAGGCCGCCACACUCGGUGUCCGCCCGCUUACCCUCCUACGCCCUGCUGUCCGUGCGCCGACCGUGCGUUACAAUCGCAAAGUCCGCGAGGGCCGUGGCUUCACCCUGGCCGAACUAAAGGAGGCUGGCAUCGGCCGCAAAGAGGCGCGCGGCGUGGGUAUCGUCGUUGACCACCGCAGGAGGAACCUCAGCGAGGAGGGCAAGGCUCUCAACGUUGAGCGGCUGAAGGCCUACAAGGCCAAGCUGAUUAUCUUCCCUCGCAAGGCGAGCAAGCCGAAGAAGGGCGACUCGACGGGCGAGGAGCUCACAGCACCCACCACCCGCACCCACCUUCCCCUUCCGGACCCGUACGUCCACGAGGCUCCCCGGAAGAUCACCGAGGAGGAGCGCGAGCUCGACGCCUACGUCACCCGCCGCCAGCAGCGCGGCAUCGCCCGCACCGAGGGCGAGCGGAAGGCGAAGAUCGCCAAGAAGGAGGAGGAGGAGGCUGCCAAGAAGAAAUAA